AUGUUCCAGAGAGGCAACGAGGACUUCCUGGAGACACCAUGCUGGUGUCGGGUAGGCGAGGACUUCCUGGAGACACCAUGCUGGUGUCCGGUAGGCGAGGACUUCCAGGAGACACCAUGCUGGUGUCGGGUAGGCGAGGACUUCCUGGAGACACCAUGCUGGUGUCGGGUAGGCGAGGACUUCCUGGAGACACCAUGCUGGUGUCGGGUAGGCGAGGACUUCCAGGAGACACCAUGCUGUUGUCGGGUAUACGAGGACUUCCUGGAGACACCAUGCUGGUGUCGGGUAUACGAGGACUUCCUGGAGACACCAUGCUGGUGUCGGGUUGGCGAGGACUUCCAGGAGACACCAUGCUGGUGUCGGGUUGGCGAGGACUUCCAGGAGACACCAUGCUGGUGUCGGGUAGGCGAGGACUUCCUGGAGACACCAUGCUGGUGUCGGGUAGCGAGGACUUCCUGGAGACACCAUGCUGGUGUCGGGUAG